GCUAGGACUACAGGGAGAGACCCACUGUGUGCAAAAGACAGAGAGAACAAGAGAGAGAGAGAGAGAGAGAGAGAGAGGGAGAGAUGAGGAGAGCGAGGGGGAGAAAGACAGAAGGCAGAGAGAAAGGGACUGUUGGUGUGUGUUUGUGCAUGCACUGCUUUGGACUGCAGUGCUGCUAGUGCAGCUCCUGCUCUCUCGCUCUCUGACUCAUCCAUUCCAAUAACACUCUCUCUCUCUCUUCUCUCUCUCUUCUCUCUCUCUCACUUUAGCUUUCCGAUGAGGAGCUGCUCACCAUAAGGGGGUUCUCAAUGCUUAUCAAAGCUGUUUAAGCCAGCGAGCAUCGCAAAGGGCUUCCUCCACUGUGAGAAGAGGGAUCAGGAUUACUGUGACUGCCGGGUCUCCAUCCGCUGAAAAUGAGGUUUUUGAGGAGAGAAAGCAGAACCAAGCGGCCUGUUCCCCGUGCUCCGUCAGCAGGCUCUACGCAGGUAGACAGCUCCCUCCUCCCCCGGGAAUAAGAUCCCACCUGCAGGGACCGCCAGCGAGAGGAGCAGGGGUUGGGGUCGGAGAAGAGAGAGGAGGAGAGGAGGAGUGGAGAGAGGGAAGAAGGGAGAAAAGCAUAGAGGAGGAGGAAGAGGAGGAAGAACUGGGGGGGCCUGCAGAGAGGAGAGAGAGAAAAUCGAAGGAACACAUGCGAGCGAGCAGGCGAAGAAGCAGAUAAGGGGGCACCAUGAAGAAGAUCUACAUCGGGAAAACCGCGCUCAAAACCUCCCGCAAUGGAUGGAAGCAUCAGAAGAAAAGCUCGCUGCAGGAGCAGAAGGAGGACCUGCGGAAGCGUCUGGCCUACACCACCCACAAGCUGGAGCUGCUGCAGAGCGAGUUCGACUCCACCCGCCAGUACCUGGAGACGGAGCUGCGCCGCGCCCAGGAGGAGCUGGACAAGUUUACCGAGAAACUGCGCCGAAUACAGAGUAGCUACUCGGCUCUCCAGAGGAUCAACCAGGACCUGGAGGACAAGAUCCACAGGACGUCUCAGCACCAUGACGACGAGAAGCGAGCGCUGAGCCGAGAGAUCAUCGUCCUUAAUAACCACCUCAUGGAGGCAAAGAUGACCAUCGAGAAACUACGAGAGGACAAUGACCUCUACCGAAAGGACUGCAACCUGGCUGCUCAGCUCCUGCAGUGCAGCAAGUCCCACUACAGGACCCAGCUCUCUGAGCUGCCUGCUGAUUUCCAGGAGCGCGUGAGCGUGCACAUGGAGACCGCCCCGCUGUGCCACUCGCCAUACUCGGACUCGGUGCCCACCUCAGUCAUCGCCAAGGUGCUGGAGAAGCCGGACGAGGCCUGCAGCAGCAGCCAGGCGUCCCGCUCGCCCAGCCCGCAGCCCCAGGAGCAGGCCUUCCUGCUGGGCAGCAGCAUGGGCAGUGUGGGCGAGCGCCUGGGCGUGGGGCUGGGGCUACGCGGGGGCACCUACAAGUCUGACCUGUACAGCAGCGACACGGCGCUCUACUGCCCGGACGAGCGGCGGCGCGAGCGCCGGCCCAGCAUGGACGUCCACGGCAGCGUUGUCAUCGGCGGCGGUGGCGGCGCCGUAUCGCAGCAGCAGCUGCAGCUGCAGAGGCAGCACGUCGCGCAGCUCUACGGGCCACAGAACUCCACCGACAGCAACCCGGACGAGGGCGACCUCCGCGGAAUGUCGCCGGGGCCCUUCAGCCAGCAGGAGCACUUCGGCGGCAAGUUCGGUGUGCCGUCGCUCGGCGGCGGCUCCAGCUCGUACUCGAGCUUCAGCGGCGGCGGGGGUUCGGACGGCGGCGGCAUCGGCGGCAAGGGCCAGGGUCCGCUGAGCAGCGGCGCGUCGUCGCCGUCCUCACGCCACCACCACGCCACCCUCUACAUGGACUGGCGCGACGCCGGCGCCGACUACGAGCACAAGAGCGACUCGUCGUGGGAGCGCGACAGCCCUGGUGCCUUCUCCGCGGCGCCGCACGGCUUCCAGCAGGAGCUCAGCCUCCACAGCCAAAACGGCGGCGGAGGAGGAGGUGGCGGAGGAAGCGGCGGCUCGCCCGUCUAUAGCCGGACGAUGUCGUCGUGCUACAGCGAAGCCAGUCUGAGCCGCUGCCGCCGCUGUCCCGCGCCCGGCGUGGCCGCAGACGGGCGACAGCCGCGCAGCAGCGCUUACCGCCCGGCGAGGGACGCAGGGAGGGGCGCGGAGGAGGACGAGGAGCUGAUGAUCGGCCGCUGGCGGCAGCUGAGCGUGGACGACCUGAACACGGCGGCGGCGCACGCCUACCGCAGCAGCCCCGGCCGCGCCUCGCCCUACAGCUUCUCCGAGCAGCACUUCUCCGUGCGGCCGGCCAAGAUCCGCCUGGGCCCGCUCUACAGCAGCUUCCAGGAGGGCACCACAGACCUCUACCACCACCACCACCAACAGCAACAACAACAACAACAGCAACAACAUCAACAACAACAACAACAGCACCACCGCCACCUGAUCGGCACCGCCAGCGUCGACCCCAUCUGCUUCUCCUCGCCCAGCCCCGAGUGCAGCCCUGGCGGUGGGGGUGGGGGUGGGGGUGGAGGUGGUGGUGCUGGCAUGCGGCAGGCGCACAGUCAGGCGCAGCUCUACCGCGCCGCCAAGGACGACAGCCAGGAGGAGUCCGAGCACAGCCUCUACCACUCGGGCGGCAGCUCCAAGGACAUGGAAGGCGGCCUCGGGGGGCCAGCGUCUGUGGCCGGGAGUGGUGGUGGCGGUGGCGGCGUUCCUGAGGCGGCCGAGUACGUGGACGUGAGCCCCAACAGCUCCACCGAGUCGCUGCACAUGCAGGGCGCGCUGGAGAUGGCCGGCGAGCACGAGCUGCAGAUGUAUCAGGCCGAGAUGCACGGACACGGCGUGCACGCUGGACACGCCGGACACCCCGCCGCCGUCGGCCACGGCAGCUCGCCGCAGAGGGCCACCCCGCGGCCCUCGUCCGCCCAGCCGCAUCAACAGUACCAAAAAUUUGGGACCCUGGGGCUCACCCGCAAGGACAGCCUGACCAAGGCCCAGCUGUACGGGACGCUGCUCAACUGAGGUGGACGGCCCGGAGCGGAGCGCUCCCUCCUCCUCCCACUGGGUUUUUAGUGGAGAGUGAGUGAGUGUGGAGCUCAGAGCGGGUUAGACGCCAAGGGGGCCGACAGUGAUAAGAUGGAGGGGAAUGCUCUGCUGCUGAGUCAGGAAAGUCUAAGGGCAGACUGUGGCACAAAAGGUUCUCACUCUCUCUCUUUCUCUCUUUUCAUGCUAUCUUUUCCUCUCUCUCUUCCUCAGUCUCCCUCUCUCUGUAUCUCUCGCUCUGCGUCUCUGUUUUUCUCUCCUAAUAUCCCUCUCUCACCACUUUCCUUACUUUCUCCCUCUCUCUCUCUAUUUAUCUCUCCCUCUUUUCCACUUUUCUUCUUCCUCUCUUUCUCUGUCGCAGUAUUUUUGUAACUAUUCAUGAAUGUAUUCCGGGUCUGUAACUCUGUUCACGCACAGCUUUUGGACUGAUCUAAAAGGUCUCAAGGAGAGGAGUAGGCUCAGCAUCAGGUACUCCUCACCCCUUUUACAGCUGAAUCUCUCCUAGCUUAGUUCAGGUCCAUCUGUUCUUAUGACCCUCCCACCCAAUGACCUAGCAGCAUUGCAUUGCUACUGCAAUGCAAGAGCAUUAUAAAGACACAUUAUGGUGUUUUUUUCAGCCAUGACAUAUAUUCGGGACAACAACACAGCCCAACUUAUUACAACUUAUUUCUUUCAUGUUAACAAAGGUGUGUCACAUUUAAUACACACCCGUUAAAUUGCUAUGUAACAUUACUUUGAGACUUGUGAUGUAGUAGAGGUAUCUGUAAAAAUGUAAAAAAGUCAUUUUGAUGAUGGAUAUAUUACAACUAUAUUUUAACCAUAGCUGCACUGAACAAAACAAGUAUAUUAAUAUCACUAAAUGUUGUAUGGGAUCGAAUAUUAUUAUUUUUCUUUCAAAGAGCCCCUCAGCCCUUAGGAAAAUAACCUAGACUAAUAUAAACUGUGGUAAUUAUAUUCAUAAUCAAAUAGAAAAUGCUAAGACCAACAGAGGCGGUGGAGACCUAGAAGUCAAAAAAAGAGUAUUUGUAUGUGCUGGCUGCUGGUAAUCUGAAUCAAUUUCCACAAGAGCCUUACUGGAGAUAAGCGAGUGGUCACAGACAACGUUUAAGCUGACCAUUAUUGUUCCAUUUCUCUUAGUAAUCUAACUGAACAACAAAAAGCAUUUUGCCUUCAAUGUGAAUCAAUGAGGUAUUUUUCAGGUAAUCAAGAAAGACUACUAUGGUUUGUCGAGUGUUGUAUGUGCACAGAAUUGUUUAAUUUAAUUUACUAUCUGCUAUACUGGCCUAUAUCAAGGGUUAACUUUAAAUGAAAUCUAGACGUGGAAUAAGAACUCUAUUUCUGGUUCACUGAUGGACAUUUCAGCUUAAUUUGAUGAAUUGUGGUGUCAAAAAAAAAUUGACUUGAUGUUUUUAUUAUUAUUAUUACCUGGACGAAACCUGUGAGUUGUUUUGAUUGCAUUUUUUUUUUCUUACUGGUUGAAUGUGUUGAGUUGCUGGUAUUUUAUUCCGUUGUGAAAACUCUUCUUUCUUUCUUUCCUCUAUUCCAAGUAGUCCUGGCCCACUCUACCUCAAGACUCUUCCCCCAACACCCCCAAACUCUCUCCCUCUCUUUUCUCCUCGAUCAGCUGGGAGCUCAUUUCUACUGACACCAUGAUGCAUGACUCUAUAUUUCUGAUGUAUGUUUCUCUACCCAAUAAAGCACAAGACAGCGCAAGAUGGCUGUCUCUGCACCAAA